AGGGCGGUGCCAUCAGAAGGUGGCAAUAAAGAGCCGAGAUAGGAGACGGACAGCGGAACCAAAGAGACGAGGAGACAGAAUGGGCGGGCGAUAUGGAAAGCGGGGUCAAAGAAGACGGGAGCGGGUUUAGUAACGGGAGUGGGCUAAAGAGGCUCUGUAAAGACGGCGGGAGACUGAGCCGGCUGCGUGCCCUGUCUCCGGAUCCCAACGGAAUUUGGAAAUCCUGAGGCCGCUCUUAAACUAGCGUUCAGGAGCGAACGAAGACAGCCACUGCUCUGGGAAGCUUCUCGCUCGCCCCAGCCCCACCCCGGGGUCCCGGAAGCGGAAGUAACGGACACGGAAGUGGCCUACUGUUGCCGAGGGGACGGGCCAGGCAGAUGCCAACAUGGCAGCGGUGGGGUCCGGCGGUUCCCCCGCGGCGGCCGGGCCAAGGGCUGUCUCCGCAGGGGCGUUGGAGCCUGGGACCGCGACUGCGGCUCACCGGCGCCUCAAAUACAUAUCCUUAGCUGUGCUGGUGGUCCAGAAUGCCUCCCUCAUCCUCAGCAUCCGCUAUGCCCGCACAUUGCCUGGGGACCGCUUCUUUGCCACCACUGCUGUGGUCAUGGCUGAAGUGCUCAAAGGUCUCACUUGCCUGCUGCUGCUCUUCGCACAGAAGAGGGGUAACGUGAAGCACCUGGUUCUUUUCCUCCACGAGGCUGUCCUGGUGCAGUAUGUGGAUACACUCAAGCUCGCAGUGCCCUCUCUCAUCUACACCUUGCAGAAUAACCUCCAGUAUGUUGCCAUCUCCAACCUGCCAGCUGCCACUUUCCAGGUGACGUACCAGCUGAAGAUCCUGACCACGGCACUGUUCUCCGUGCUUAUGCUGAACCGCAGCCUUUCCCGGCUGCAGUGGGCCUCCCUGCUGCUCCUCUUCACCGGAGUCGCCAUUGUCCAGGCACAGCAAGCUGGCGGUGGGGGCCCGCGGCCACUGGAUCAGAACCCUGGGGCGGGCCUAGCAGCUGUCGUGGCGUCCUGUCUGUCCUCGGGCUUUGCAGGUGUCUACUUCGAGAAGAUCCUCAAAGGCAGCUCAGGCUCCGUGUGGCUGCGCAACCUGCAGCUGGGCCUCUUCGGCACAGCCCUGGGCCUGGUGGGGCUCUGGUGGGCCGAGGGCACUGCUGUAGCCCACCGCGGCUUCUUUUUCGGGUACACGCCUGCUGUCUGGGGCGUGGUGCUCAACCAGGCCUUCGGCGGGCUACUGGUGGCUGUUGUCGUCAAGUAUGCCGACAACAUCCUCAAGGGCUUUGCCACCUCCUUGUCCAUUGUGCUGUCCACUGUUGCCUCCAUCCGCCUCUUUGGCUUCCACGUGGACCCUUUGUUUGCCCUUGGCGCAGGGCUGGUCAUCGGUGCCGUCUACCUCUACAGCCUGCCCCGAGGUGCAGCCAAAGCCAUAGCUUCCGCGUCUGCCUCCACCUCUGGGCCCUGCACUCACCAGCAGCCUCCGGGGCAGCCGCCGCCACCGCAGGUGUCUUCCCACCGUGGAGACGUCAGCACGGAGCCCUUUCUGCCAAAGUUGCUCACCAAGGUGAAGGGUUCCUAGCCGCUGGGAUUGAAGACGCUGGCCUGGCCUCGCUCUCCCUUCUUGCCCUGGUCCAGCCAGGACCAAACGCUCUGAUCAGUAUUGGGGGGGUAGACACCGAACCCCCUGUCCCCACACCCCCUCUCCCACGCAGGGCUGACAUGACUAAACUCUGGCCCAGACAGGACCCAACCACCCCCAUGCCCCUGCUACCCCUACACUAUUUCUUAGGUGAGUUUUUGUAAAUAAAAUGUGUUUUGCAUCUUG